UUGUACAAAAGUAAUUAUUUUGGUCAUGAAUGUAUUUUUGUAAGAUUUUAUAUCUGCUGGUAUAAAAGUUAACGACUCCUGUUUUUAGGCAUUUCUCUAAAUUUUCCAAAAAAAAAACUCACGCUUUGUCGGAGUUCUGGCUCAUAUAAGGCCAACAAAAUGAGGCCAAGGCAAGCCGGUUUGUUUUGGCAUGAAUUCGACAACCUAUGCUAUGCUUUACCCUUGUUUGUGUUUCUCCAUUUUCUUAUUCACUCUCUUCUCUCAACCAUCCAUUUCUCAUAUUCUGUAAAAUGGGUUACCUCCUUCACCUUCAUUUUCUUUCAAUUUAUUUCUCUUCAUCUUUCCUAGAGCCUCUUUUCUUUAUCAUGAUAAAAAAUGUCACAAUCAAAUAAUUCAUCAUCUGACAGCCCUUCGCGGAUUAGUUUUGGGAAUGGGGCUGGAUUUGGUGCCUCAUUUGUAUGCGAGGUUGUGGGUCAUAUCAACUCAAGAGGCUUUUGGUUUGGUGACGAUCCUCUUUCUUUCUCUUUCCCUCUCUUGCUUCUGCAGUUAUCUCUCAUUUCUAUCUUUACCCGCUCUAUUUACAUUCUUCUUAAGCCCUUUGGUCAGCCUUCUAUCGUUUCUCAGAUCCUUGGUGGUGUAGUUCUGGGUCCUUCAGUUCUUGGGCAUAACUCGAAUUUCGCAGAAAAAGUCUUUCCAACAAAGGGAAGGACUAUCUUGGAGACUCUGUCAAUCUUUGGUUUCAUGCUGUUUCUCUUCCUAAUUGGGGUGAAGACGGAUCCCUCAAUCAUUUUUAGGUCAGGCAAACGGGUAUAUGCAAUAGGGGCUGUUGCUUUCUGCAUUCCUUAUGCGCUGGCUGCAUUUGCUAGAUUGGUCCUCUGCCAUUUGCUCUCAUUGAGUCAAAGUACCUGCAAGGUGCUUCAGCUAGUGGUGAAGUUGCAAUCUUUGACAGCCUUCCCAGUUAUUGCAACCUUUCUUGCUGAGCUAAGGAUCCUUAAUUCUGAAAUUGGACGGCUUGCCAGUUCUUCUUCAAUGAUAUGUGACCUCUGCUUUUGGUUCACUAUGUCAAUGAGUUACGCAGCAGAUAUCGCUAUUGCAAAAUCACUGAAAACAUCAAUGGGGUCUUUUCUAUCGGCCAUCCUCCUUCUCAGCCUUAUUGUGUUUGGAAUACGUCCAGCAGCCUUAUGGGCGAUUCGACGUACCCCAGAAGGAAAACCUGUGAAAGAAAUUUACACUUUUAUAGCUCUUGUAGCAUUGAUGGGUUGCGUAUUCAUCGGUGAAGUUAUUGGAAUAGAUGCUCUAAUCUCAUCUUUCCUUGUAGGCUUGGUCAUACCGGACGGGCCACCAUUAGGAGCUGCAUUAGUAGAGAGGCUUGAUUGCUUUGUAUCAGUAUUGCUAACACCCAUCUUUUUCACUCUAUGUGGAUUGAAGACGAACGUUUUUACCAUACAAAAGUGGAAGACUGUGGGUGCAAUUCAAUUGGUCUUCUUAGUUGGCUUCUUUGGGAAACUUAUAGGGACGAUGCUACCUCCUCUCUUCUGUAGAAUUCCAUUCAGAGACGCCCUCUCCCUUGGUCUUAUCAUGAAUUCACGAGGCAUUGUUGAACUGAUUUUAAUAAACGAUUGGAGGACAGCCAAUGUCUUGAACGAUGAAGGCUUCGCCAUUAUGAUUAUAUCUGUGGUGGUUGUAACAGGAGUAAUCUCACCCCUUGUAAAAACCCUGUAUGAUCCUUCAAGGAGGUUCCUGGCAUACAGAAGGAGGACAAUACAACACCAUCGUCGAAAUCAAGAAUUACGGAUACUUGCUUGUAUCCAUAGCCAGGACAAUGUCCAGACACUGAUGACGCUUCUUAAUGCCUCCAACGCUACCAAAGAGGAGCCUAUCGGUUUAUUUGUCCUCCACCUCAUUAAGCUCACUGGACGUGCCUCUUCCCUAUUGACGGCCUACAGGCCACGUGACAAACCUUCUCCAUGCCCAACUCAGUCAGAAAGGAUCUUCAAUGCAUUUAAUAGAUUUGGACAAGAAAGCUGUGGCCAUGUCACUGUCCAUUGCUACAAAGGCAUUUCACCUCGUGCAACAAUGCACAACGAUGUGUGCUCACUUGCAUUAGAACACAGGAUAUCUCUUAUAAUUGUGCCGUUUCACCGAGAAUGCAUAAACGGGAAAAUGAUAGACUUUCAUGUGUAUAGGCACCUCAAUAGGAAUGUGCUUGACAAGGCUCCCUGUUCUGUUGGGAUCCUUCUUGAUCGUGGGAACCCAAGAAAAUCUCCAUUUUUACAUUCAGAGACUUCAGCUUAUCGGGUUGCUCUGCUAUUUUUUGGGGGUGCUGAUGAUAGAGAAGCGCUAGCAUAUGCUGGACGUAUGUCAAAGAAUCCUUGUGUCCUAGUCACCUUGUUACAUUUCAAAAUUUCAAUACCAGUGACAGAGGGUACAGCAAGAAGCAAGAUGCUUGAUUGUGAAAUCCUGGAUGAAUUCAGGUUUAACGCUCAGUGGAAUGAGCGUGCUUCUUACAUAGAGGAGGUGGUGAUUGAUAGUAAAGAUGUUCUUGCCAGUAUUGGAGCAAUGGACAAUGCUUACGACCUUGUCAUGGUUGGGAAGCGACAUGGAGACUCAAAGUUGAUGUCUGAGCUUGAGAGGUGGAAUCAUGAUAAAGAGCUGGGGCCAGUAGGAGAGAUAGUUGCUGCUAGAGAUUGUAAACUGGGGGCUUCUAUAUUGGUGGUGCAACAACAAACAAGGGUAUGGGGAAUGCGCGACCCAGAGGAGAACAUAACUGAGAGGUAUAUAAAUAUAAUUCAGAAUCAAGAGUUACCACAUACUCAAUAGUGACUGUGUAUAGAUUUUAGUUUACACACCAAAUUGCAACAACCAGUUUAAUCUAUGAGUCAUGUGGCCCAUGGGUGUGCAAUUCGGUUUCUUUCUUUUUGCUUUUGUUUUUCCAUUUUUUCCAUUUCUUUCCCCACUUCUUAAGCUAGUUUAGGAACACAAAUUAGUAAUAUGUAAAAGCCAACUUUAAAUUAUAGAUGCGCAGACUCUUCUUUGUCUUCGUUUUUUCAGAUUAAUGUGCCAUAUUAAGAAAAUUUCUUAAGAAUUAAGAUGUAGAACUUAUGGACAAUGCUUGCAUUCUAAGCCAAGCCAUCAUCAUUUUUCAGCUGUGGGUAUGAUAUAACGCAAACAUAUUUAUGUGCAUGGUGCUGUUUCUUCAGUUAAAUGAACCUUUUAUAGAAUGCAGUAUUGGAGCUCGAGAGGUGGAAUGAUGUCGCAAGUCCUGACCUGAGUUUGCAGUUUGGAACUGUGUCCGUUUUUUUUUUUUUUUUUGUAAAGAUGAUGUGGCUAAUUAGUUGGUUAGUGUAGUUGUUAGCUUAGCUAGCUAAGUUAUUAUUGGUAGAUAGCUUCCAGCUCAUCAAGUUAGUUACAAGAGUUGUUAUCUAUAUAUAUACUAGAAAAUGGAUGAAUGAAUGUAUGCUGGAUUUCAUUCUUUCAUAAGCAUUUUCUCAUUCUACUUUCUUUCCUUCUAUUCACUCUCUCUCUUUAUAACAGAAUGUUAGUAUUUAUGGUAUCAGAGCAAGCAUUCCUGCUUUAUUCUUUUCUUUUCUAAAUUUCCUUAUGUUUCUUAGUUGCCAAACAUAUUUAGCCCUCCUUAAUUUCUUCUUCUUUACUGAAAAACUUAUAGAUCUAGAAUCGUCUCAACUUCUAUUUUCCAAAUCUGUAAUUAGUUUUCAAUAAUUCCUUUCAAUCUUUUCAAGAUCUUUGGCCAAAGUAGUCAAAGAUUUGAAGCUCUUUCUCAUGGCAACUUCAACUUCUAAUCCUCUUGAAGAUCCAGCUUCACCAUACUUCUCGCACCAUUCAGAGAAUCAUAGUUCCCUUAUAGUUACAUCUGAACUUACAUCAAGCAAUUAUGCUUCCUGAAGAAUAUCAUUUUUACUUGCUGUAUCCAUCAGAAACAAGCAGGGGUUUCUAAAUGGAACCAUUGCAAAACCUAAACCUGAAGAUUCUUAGUUUCAACCAUGGACAAGAUGUAAUAACCUGUUGGUUGCUUGGUUGUUAAAAUCCAUUUCACCUUCUCUUGUAUCUACUGUCUUCUAUAUGGAUAAUGCUUCUUAGAUCUGGAACAAGUCGAGUCAAAGGUUUUCUCAACCUGAUGACACAAAGAUAUGUCACCUGUUAUGCACAAUUACACAAGGUACAAAUUUUGUUGAUACAUAUUUUUCUGAUUUGAACACCGUUUGGGAAGAAUUGCGAAGUUUCAAGCCCUUUCCACAUUGUACUUGUGGUAAAUGUAAUGAUGAGUUCAACAGAAUAUGUGUUUAGAUUCUUAAAUGGUUUAAAUGAGACAUAUCAAGGAUUGAGAUGAUAAAUUAUUCUAUUAAAACCUUUUCCCACACUUGAUCAAGUGUAUAAUAUGGUGCUAUGAGAAGAGUCACAAAGGACUUUGCAUACUAGUUCGUUGAACUAUACUGAUGGAGCUGCAAUGACAGUUAAUCCUAAUCUUUUUUGCUCACACUGUCGUAAAGUUGGACAUGUGAAAGAGAAAUGUUAUAAGAUCAUUGGAUUUCCCGCACAUUUGAAGUUUAACAAAACAAGGAAUUAGAAUGGAAAUCAAAGUGCUUCAGGCUAUUUACCAAUACUAAAGCAGCUUAUGUAGCUCAAUCCAGUCACACUGCAGAUCAAGAAUAGUCUAUUUCGAGUGGUUCAGUUGAAUGCAAAUCAACAACAAAUGUAACAAGUCUUUCAUUUACAGAUGAUGUGGCUAAAUAGUUGAUUAGUGUAGUUGUUAGCUUAGCUGGCUAAAUUAUUAUUGGUAGAUAGCUUCCAGCUCAUCAAGUUAGUUACAAGAGCUGUUAUGUAUAUAUAUACCAGAAAAUGAAUGAAUGAAUGUAUGCUAGAUUUUCAUUCUUUCAUAAGUAUUUUUUCACUCUACUUUCUUUUUUUCUAUUCACUCUCUCUAUAACAGAAUGUUAGCUUUCAAUUUUUCUUUUUUACGGUCAAACGGUUUCUUUUUUUUUUUAAAUUUUGUUUAUACAGAUUUUUUUAGAAUUUCGUGAGAAAAAAUAUAUCAAAAGUAUACUUACAAGAUAUUCGAAUGAUAUUUUUUACAAUAUUUAUAUUAUUGUGACUUCAACUCUUAUUUUAUAUAUUUUUUUAUUUUUUCAGAAUUUUGUUAGAAAAAUACUAAAAGUAUACCU